GACAUAUACCGCGUGCUGUAACUUCAUGGACAUCCCCUCAAAUAAUUCAAUUUCACGAAAAAAAGAAAAUGUCCAAAGCGGGAAUGGGAAUUUGAAAAAAACUAACAGAAAAAAAAGUAAUACAACUUCAAAUCUCGUUCUGUCCAGAGCGGAGGAGCACCGAUAACCACCGCCGGAAAUGGAAGAAACAAUAUCCCGCAUCGUAACAGAAAUCGAAGACCUCCGUGAAAACCACCACAUCGACAACCCACAACCACUCUCCGAACAAUCUCUCACCGAUCUCCAAACCCUCCUAAAAAACUCCCAACCCUUAGACCCACUCUACGACGCCGUUUCACCUUCUCACCUCAUUCCACCAAUGGCCACCGCAAUGGAUUCAUCACCAACUCCUCACUCUCUUCUCGCUUCUAACGUUUUCCUCUCUUUUCUCCUCUCUCCAAACGCUCCCGUUUUCACUCUCUUCACUCCUCUUUCAUUUCUCUCCUUCCUCCGUUCAAUUCGUCGUUCAUUCAAAAACCAUAACCCUAAUACCAGCGCUCAACAAGUUCGAAAACGAAAACGGAAUUUGAAAAACAAAAAAUCGGUUCAAAAUGAUGAAGAUGAACCUAAUUCCCCAAAUUCUGUACAGAAACUCGAUGUUAGGGUUUUACUUCCGCUUUUUGAGAAAUUAGUUAGUGUUAUGUCCUUAAUUCAUCUCGAUCGUUUUCCGGAAAGUUUGAAAUCUUUAGUUCAAACAAUUUCAGAGGUUCCAGUGACAGCUAUUGAGACUUGUGGAAAUGAGGUUCAAUAUAGUAGAUUGGUUGGUUUGUGUGCGAGGAUUUUGAAAGAGGUUUUGAAACCGGAGCAUGGUGAGCCUUCAGAGACUGCUGCUGAGGUUUUGAAGGCGUUGUCUCCGGUUGUUGUAAUGCCGAAAUCUCAGGUUAGGAGUUUUGCUGUUGGUUUUGUUACUAGUCUUGCUAGGGAAUCUGAUGGUGUGAAGAAAGCGUUGGUUAAUUUUCCGAGGUAUUUGGUGCAUAAGGCGCCUGAUAAAGCUGAGCCUAGGGCGUUGGCUGUGGAUUUUAUAAUGGAUGUUGUUAGGGUUAUGGAAUUGGGGGAUCAGGUUGAGUUUGUGAAGUAUGUUGUGAAGAUGACUCAAGGGAAAACCAAUUUAAGGCUUUUGGGGGUUGAUCUUAUUUUGAAUUUGAUGACUUUGUUGAAGGAUCCUUUAGGGGUGAAUUCGAUGGAGGAAGAAGGGAAAGAAACGUGGGGAUUGUGGUGUUUAGAGGCGUUGGUGAAGCGUUGUUCGGAUGUUAGUGCUACGAUUCGAGGGCGGGCUUUAUCGAGUUUGGCGCAGGUUGUUGGGUUUCUAUCAGUUAGUGAUAAGGCUAGUUUGGUUUUGAAAGAGUCUAUGGGGUUUGGUGAUGGCAAUGUUGUGGGUGUGGGAGGAAAGGAAAUCAAUGAGAUGCUGAGGAGAAGGUGUGUGGAUGAGAAGGCGAUUGUGAGAAAAGCUGCUCUUUUGCUUGUUACUAACUUGACUGCUCUACUCGGAGGUACGAUUGAUGAAGUGGUGCUUAAGACAAUGGGAAUGGCUUGUUCCGAUUCACUUGUUAGCAUUCGGAAAGCGGCUGUUGCAUCUCUUUCUGAGGCUUUCAGAACAUUCUCAUCUGAAACAGUAAUAACUGAAUGGCUACAUUCAGUUCCUCGUCAAAUAGCUGACAAUGAAACUAGCAUCCAAGAAGAAUGUGAGAAUGUGUUUCAAGAACUUGUUUUGGACCGAAUAUCUAGAGCUGUAGCUGCUACCUCUUCAUAUGUCGAAUCUACGUCUAGUAGUAAAACGAAAGGAAAAGGUUUAGACAACGAGAUGGAGAUGCCUUUCCCACAAGGAAUUCUGUAUCUCCUGAGAGAAAUUUGCAAUGGAGAGGUGAGUCCUUGGGUGAAAAAAAUUUGCACAAACCUGGGCAAAAAGAAACGGUUGAAUUUCAAAAUUGUUACUGCACUUCAGAAUAUAAUCAAGGUGUCUGAGUCUAUCUGGCUGAACCAUAGCAGGCCAAUAGAAAAGUGGACUGCUCCACAAGGUGCUUGGUUUCUUUUAUCAGAGGUGUCAGUAUUCCUUCCAAAAGCAGUGGACUGGGAUUUUCUUCAACAUCAUUGGCAGCUUCUUGACAAACAUAAAGUGAAAGGUGAGUUUAGAAGCCCAUUUGCACAGAAAAAUGCAUUUGAAAACGAAGAAAGCAUAGAAUGCAAUAAUGUUGCCUGGGCUAGUGACCGAGUUUUCCUCUUGCAAACAAUCUCUAAUGUCUCUGUGGAACUGCCACAUGUACCUGCUGCUGAAUUGGCUCAUAAUUUACUCAAACGGGUUGAAAAAUUCAACAUGCAUUCAACAGAGGUUGAUGCUCAUAUAAAAGCACUUAAAACACUGUGCAAACGAAAAGCUUCAAAUGACACGGAGGCAGAAGAAUUAGUCUUGAGAUGUGUAUACCAAGUUCUAUCCAGAGCUUCUGAAAUAAUAGAAACUUUUAUUUCAGAUUAUUCAGAGCAAAAUGCAGAAACUGACUUCUUCACUCCACCCAGAAGUGGGCCCAGUAAAGGUAGGAAAUCAGUAAGAAAGCGCAAGUCAUUGUCAAAAGCAAUUACAGCGAUUUAUACAAUUGGGUCUUUAGUUGUUGUCUGCCCCUCUGCUGAUAUGAGCACUGUAAGUCCAUUAUUGCACACUAUCAUCACCUCUGGGAAAUCUGUCCCAAAAUUAAAUAAGCUACCGGGCUCUGCAACUUCUCUACAAGAAGAAGCUCCUUCUUUUUAUAUUCAAGGGUGGCUGACCAUGGGAAAACUUUGCCUUGCUGAUGGGAAGCUUGCAAAGAACUAUAUUCCUCUGUUUGUACAGGAGCUUGAAAAGACCAACUUAGCAGCUCUUCGCAAUAAUAUUGUGGUCAUGAUGGCAGACUUCUGCGUUCGGUACACUGCUCUUAUUGAUGGUUACAUAACCAAGAUCACAAGGUGUCUCUUAGAUCCCUGUGAACUUGUGAGAAGGCAAACAUUCAUAUUGCUAUCAAGAUUGUUGCAGAGGGACUAUGUCAAGUGGAGAGGAGUGCUAUUUCUUCGUUUCCUUUUGUCACUUGUUGAUGAAUCGGAAAAGAUUAGACAGCUAGCAGAUUUUCUUUUCGGAAAUAUUUUGAAAGUCAAGUCUCCUCUUUUAGCAUAUAAUAGUUUUGUGGAGGCUGUUUUUGUUUUGAAUGACUGCCAUGCCCACACUGGACACCGUGAGUCCAACGAAUCACGAACAGAAAGCCAACUUUUUUCCAUCAGGGGCACUGAUGAAAGAUCAAGGUCAAGAAGAAUGCACAUUUAUGUUUCUCUACUAAAGCAAAUGGCUCCUGAGCAUCUUCUAGCAACCUUUGCCAAGUUAUGUUCAGAAAUUCUAGCUGCAGCUUCUGAUGGUUUGCUCAAUAUAGAAGAUGCAACUGGACAGUCUGUUCUACAGGAUACUUUUCAAAUUCUUGGCUGUAAAGAGAUACGCUUUCAAUCUACUCGUGUAUCAUCUGAGUCGGCAGACUUAGAAGAAGAAGGGGGAGAAAAUGGAUCUUCAACUAGGAAGGCUAUAACUCAGGCAGUCAAGAAAGGCCUUAUUCAAAACACUGUACCCAUCUUCAUAGAGUUGAAACGUCUGUUGGAAACCAAGAACAGUCCCCUCAUAGGCUCUCUCAUGGAGUGCCUUCGGGUCCUUCUCAAGGACUACAAAAAUGAGAUUGAUGACAUAUUGGUUGCUGAUAAACAGCUGCAGAAAGAGCUUAUCUAUGACAUGCAGAAAUAUGAAGCAGCAAAAGCUAAAGCAACAGUUGCUGAGGCUGUAGCCUCCAAGCCAAAAUCAGCUGCAUUUCAAUCACCUGUUUCUAAGAAUCCAACCAAAGAACAUGUUGAAACACAUGUACAAGGUGAGGAGAGUGACAAGUUUCCAAGUGGUUCAAAAAUUGCUUCAGCAUUGGCAGAUGCUGCAGCUGCAGCAACAGCUCGUUCUGUGCUCAAGGAAAUUAACAAGGGUACAGCGACACCACAACUUAGUUCCUUGAAUGUUCCGAAAGUCAAGUCUUUUACUGGUGAAUGUGUAUCUAGAGGUGAUAGGCGACUGGAUCUCAUAAAAUCUUUGCAGAAAAAACAUUGUUUCGAUUCUGAUGAUGAAAACUAAAAUGUAUUUUGAGUUUUAGUUUUCUUUCUUUGAUGCUGAUGUAAAUAUAGUGCAACUUCGUGAGAUCUUAUUUUCUUAUAAAACUAGUAAAUAUAUCUAUGAAUGCACACAGGUCGUGUGGCAUUGAUGUUCAAUAGCAAUUACAAGCAUA